AUGAGUCGGAAAAAUGUUGUUUCUUCUUCCAUCAAUUUUGUAACAGCAGUUGUUUAUGUUUCAUUUCUACUAAACUUGGCCACUGCAGUUAAACCAAGAGGGUUUAGCAUGAAGAUGAUUCGCAGCGACUCUAAAAAAUCACCUAUGCAUCUAAGGUAUGCUAAUUUAACUCAAGAAGAAAGAUUUCAAAGACUCGUCGAACAAUCCAAAGCUCGAGCGCGUUACUUUGCAUCCGCAAGAGCUGCUGCUUAUAAUAGAAGCAUCUCCAUGAAUCCCGAUAUUGCACGUAUACGUCUAAAAUACAUGGAGAACAGACACUAUUACAUCGGUGAGGUAGGUAUAGACGGGCUCUGUACGUACAAAGAAGGAUACAUUUCCGGACCAAAAAUAUCUGGUCAUCUUGCUUAUGAAACACUCACUAUGAAGUCAAACACCGGUGCCCUUGGAAGUGUUGAAAAAAUAGUCAUGGGCUGCGGUAUUGAUCAAAGGAAUUUCGGACCAUUAUUUGGUGUUCCUGAGAUUCGUGAAGGCAUUGCGGAUUCACACACGUAUUUAAGAUUUGGUUUCGACACAAUAAUUGAAGAAGGACCUCCUAAUGAAAUACUUACAACUCCAAUAAUUCAAGACCCGAACUUCGGGACGCCUUACCAUUUGAUUCUUAAGGAUAUCAGUAUAGGUAACAGAAGCGUAGGGUUUCAACAAAGUGAUUUCGAGCUAAAGCCGGAUGGAACUGGUGGGACUAUCAUAGAUUCAGGGGCUCCAUUUACCACCAUGAGGAUGCGCCAUUUUGAAAGAGUUGAGCAAGUGCUGGUAGAAUAUUUUACAGAUUCUGGUAUUCGUCCUGCUGAUCCUGAACCUGGCAGAGAUUUCGAUACUUGUUUUGAUAUACCGGUCGAUUUCACUGCGUUUCCGGUGAUGACAUUUCAUUUUCAGGAUGCGGAUUUUGUUAUUCAACACUGGUCUGCCUAUUACAUACAAGAGCGCUUGCUAUGUUUUGGUAUCAUUGGCUUGAAUGACGACGAUCCAAAUGAUGUUACUCUUGGAGCUAUGCAACAAGCUAAUAAAAGGAUUUUACACGAUCUUCAUGCCAAGGUACUCAAGUUUACUGAUGAGAGAUGCGAUGAUGAUGGUUCGUGA